AUGACUGAUGUCGAGCCGACGCGACAAUGGCCACGACCAAUACGAAUUCUCACAAAAUUGUUGGUUUUCUUGAGUAUAAUCUAUGUCCUCAGUUCUGCAAUUUCGGCAAUCAUUCUGAUAGCGUACCCGUCAAUGAUCAAACAUAUCGUUUUUAUGAAUUUUUUGAAAACAGGAAAUGAUUUCACUCAACCGGAAAUGUUCGGCGAAGAUCGUGUCUUUAAUUUCUAUCUUGAUGUUGAACCUGAGAUUCGUAUUGGUGUUUGGCAUUAUCGAUCACCGUUAGUUCGUGAUCAAUCUUAUGAGAAUGAUGAAGAUUAUUUCCAAAAACACAUUGCGUCUACAUCCUCAUCAAUUCCUAUGGUCAUCUAUUUGCAUGGCAAUGCAUUUGAUCGUUCUUUAUUUAAUCGCCGUGGUACGUGUGGAAAGUUGCGUCGAGAAUUGAAAUACGACGUUUUCAUGUUCGAUUACCGUGGUUUUGGUGACUCCACAGGUUCACCGACGGAAGAAGGCUUAAUUCAAGAUGCUCGAUAUGUUUACGAUUGGUUACAUAAUAUGACAAACGGUCAACGUAAGAUCUACUUAUGGGGCCAAUCACUCGGCUCAGCAGUUGCGUGUCAAUUAGCUGCACGACUAUCUGAUGAUGAAAGCAAAACACUUGCUGGCAUCGUUCUCGAAGCUGCAUUCAUCAAUAUGCAUCAAGCAAUACGAACACAUUACUUAUCGUUACUAUUCCAAUGGCAACCCUGGUUUACCAGUUUAACUGGAAAAGCUUUACUUUCGACGAAACUCGGAUUCCAAACACGUGGACAUCUCUCAAGUGUCAAUUGUCCUUGUGUUAUCUUGCAUGCCGAUGAUGACUAUACUGUACCGUAUAAUCAUGGUCAGCAGUUGUUACAAGCUGGCAUAGCUGCUCGUGAUGAUCAUCGACAGAAGAGGAAAUUACUGCACUUUACUAUUGACAUGAUAUCGUUUCAUGGAGAAGGUUAUGGCCAUUCAACGAUAUUUCGAGCACCGAACUUAAUACCUGCAUUGAGACGAGUACUAUUCGAAGAACACAUAUGA